UGCCGGCGGGGAGGAGGAGGCCGGAGGCCGGUGUGAGGGCGGCAGCGCCGGGGUCCCCGGGCCGAGCUGCGGCCGAUGGCCGAGGGCAGCCCCCCCGGCGCCGGGGCCGCCCCGGGCGGCGGAGGUGGCGGGGACCCGGCGGCCUCCUUGGGCGCCUCGGGCGGGCACGCAGGUCGUAAUCUCAAGGAGUGGCUGCGGGAGCAGUUCUGCGACCACCCCAUUGAGCACUGUGAGGACACGCGGCUGCACGACGCAGCCUACGUCGGGGACUUGCCCACGCUCAAGAGCUUGCUGCAAGAGGAGAGCUUCCAAAGCCGGAUCAACGAGAAGUCAGUAUGGUGCUGCGGCUGGCUGCCCUGCACGCCGCUGCGCAUCGCUGCCACCGCCGGCCACGGCCCCUGCGUCGACUUCCUCCUGCGCAAAGGGGCUGAGAUCGACCUGGUGGACGUCAAGGGGCAGACCGCCCUCUACGUGGCUGUGGUCAACGGGCACCUCGAGUGCGCCAAGAUCCUCCUGGAAGCAGGGGCUGACCCCAAUGGCAGCCGGCACCACCGCAGCACCCCCGUUUACCACGCGGCGCGUGUGGGCCGGGCAGACAUCCUCCGGGAGCUGAUCAGGUACGGCGCAGACGUGGACGUGAACCACCACCUGGCUUCUCGGGUCUCCAGCCUCUCCUUGCGGCCCCUCACCACGCUGGUGGUGUGCCCGCUGUACAUCAGCGCCGCCUACCACAACCUGCAGUGCUUCAGGCUGCUCCUCCAGGCCGGAGCCAACCCCGAUUUUAAUUGCUGUGGCCCCAUCAACAUCCAGGGCUUCUCCCGGGGCUCCCCCGUGUGCGUGAUGGACGCCGUCCUGCGGCACGGCUGCGACGCGGCGUUCAUCCACCUCCUGAUUGACUUUGGAGCCAACCUGAACCUGGUCAAAGUGGAGGCCUUGGAAUUCGACUCCACGGGAAGGGUCAAAGUGAACCCUGAGGCUCUGCAGGUCUUCAAAGAAGCACGGGGCCGCGCCCGGAGCCUGUUGUCUCUCUGCCGCAUAGCUGUACGGAGAAUACUUGGCAAAUCUCGUCUGGAUCUGAUCCAUAUCCUUCCAGUCCCAGACCCCAUUAAACAAUUUUUACUUCACGAACACAGUUAAAGGGCAACUGGCUGCUUUCUGGGACAGUUUGGUUUGCGAAACGAGUGAGCUGAUAAAGCCAGGUGCCAAUCCUAGCCCUACCCCCGCAGAGAAAUACUGGUUUGCUCAUGGAGUGCACACAAUUCCCUGCCCCUGUGAUUUUCCCCUUCAAAUUUGGGGUGCGGUGAUUUUGUGUGUCUGUGCUCAAGCUACCAGUUCUUUAACUGGUGAUCUGUUGUUUGCGGCUGGUUGGGCAAUGAGGCCAGUAAGUGUGUGUGGCUGGUACAUGAGCAAACACAGUAUAUCCUGUAGCUGUUAGCAUAUGUCUGUUGUGAUGACUCUACCUCUGUUAUUGCUCCGUGUUACACACACCCUGGGUCUCAGAGGCACUUCUGCGUGGCAAAUGUGUCUGUACUUGAGCCUUUCAUCUUCCUGUAGCGUGCAAGGGAGUCUCUCCUUGCCUCAGUGCCAGUGCUGGUUUACAACAGCACCAUUCUCUUUCUGCUGUCAGUACCUGGCCUCUCUCUUACCUACGGAGUUUGUGGUUGCUGCUGUAAAAGUGGGUGUAUUUUCUUCUUUCCUCCUCUGGUGUGAAAUGCAUCAAGUUUCCUGUCCAGUGGCUGCGCGUUACUUGGAGAAUUGUAUCCGUGUCUCUGCGUGCUGCAAGGUAGCUGCUGACUUGGCUUUCUUCCUGUAGAGGCCCCAUUGCACAGAUGGGAGAGUAGCAGAACAUGUAAUCCCAUCCCCUCCGAGCCGUUUCGACAGACCACCAGAUCUGCUGUGGCAUCUUGGCUCUCCCUGCAGCACUGUGAUGGACGAGGCAAGGGUUGGCCAGUCCUCCUCCCGACGGCCUAGGACUGGGCCAAGUCUCAGGACCGCUGCUGUAGCAUAAAAGAGAAGAUGUGGAGAGAAGAGGAAACGUUAUUUUCACCCAUGGAAACUGAGAGCUGCAUGGCCCAUUUUGGGGCGAUGGGAUCCCUGUGGUUCAGUCACCGCUGCGGUGCUGCAGGGACGAGGACUGGGAUACUCAGGUGAAGCCAGAAUGUGAACCUGAAAGAUUUCUGGGGUACUUUUUGGAAAUGUAAUGGCCAAACUCGCCUUCUGGUCACUGUAAGUGGGUUUGAAUAUUUGGGAGUGACCAGGAGCAACAGUGGAGGGGUUGCUAAAUUAAACUGUUGUGCUGCUAGUGGUUGGUGC